GCCGGUUUGAACGUUCGGCCGCCGGCUCAGCCCGGCCGCGCCUGCCCCGAGCGGGGCCGGGACCCGCCGGCUCAGCCCGGCUGUGCCUCCCCCGUUCGGGGGUCCCGGCCCGGCUCUGCCCUCCCGAGUUUCCAAGCAUGUCUUUGCGGGGCCCCGAGGUGAAGACAGGCUGAUGUGAAGUGAAUUUUUGACCUUUUCUCCUCCAAUGUGGUGAAUGUUCUUCCAAAAUGAGCAGCGAAGACGAAAUCUCUGAGAAACUGGAUACAGAAUUGAAUCGCUACAUUGUGGCUAUGAAGCCUUAUGUUCUAAAGCUGCAGGACAGUUCUGAACGAAGAAUAUGUGCACUGUGGAUUAAAAAACUCUGCAGACCCUCAGGAGCAGGGGUAGGAUUAGAGGGAAGGAAGAAUCGGAACUUGUAUGCAAAACUUUUGCUCCACAUGCUGAAACAAGGAGUCCUGGAGGGACCUUUUGCACAAAAACCAGAACAAGGAUUGCUGAAAAAUUUGCCUUCCUACAUGACAACUUAUGUUGAAGAACUAAGUACAGCAGGAGCUGUGAGCAAUAGCUCAGGCUGUUUGCCUGAGUGGGUACUGGGAGAACUAGAAAACAGUGAAGUUAAAGAGGAAUCCUCUGUAUCAACAGCACAGGGGGAAACAUCCAGUGAGAAGCCAUCAGAUAUAUCCAAUUCCGGGGUUUAUCUUCACAGGACAGGGGAAAAUGACCUGGGCAUGUCACCAUCUGAUGGUCAUCACAACAAAACUGUUUCUUUGGAUGACAAUAACCUCGAAGCUCGUCUCAACAGUUGGAAUCUUGGGGUGGAAAACCCAAGAUAUUUGCGACAAAAACCGAUACCAAGGUCUUUGGUGACACCUAAAAUUGCCCCAGGAAAAAGGCCUUCUCUCGACCACCAGGCACUGCUUCGAGCAAAGGAGAAAGAGCUGGAAAUGAAAGUGAAAAUAGCAGAAGGUAAAUUUCAUGAAGAAAAAGUGAAAUUACAGCAGAAGCACGAUGCUGACGUUCAAAAGAUUUUGGAUAGAAAGAACGACGAAAUAGAGGUGUUGAAGUCCACCUACAAAAAGAAACAAAAAGAAUCUGAGGAGGUGAUCAGAAGACUGGAGAAAAAAGUUCAGACCCUUGUUCGUGAGUCACAAGUUGUCAGAGAAGCCAAAGAGCAGCAGAUUGUGGAGUUGAAGAAGAUGUGUGAGCAAAGCAAUGAUUCCCUGAACAAUGAGUGGGAGAAAAGGCUUCAUGAUGCUGUGGCUGAGAUGGAGAAGGAGAAGUUCAACAUCCGGAAGAAGCACACGGAGGACAUGCAGGAGCUGCUGGAGGAAACCAACGCCCGGCUCCACAAAAUGGAGGAGGAGUAUUUGCAACAGACCCAGUCAACUAACGAGACUGUCCAAAAACUGGGGGCUCGUGUCCAGCAGUUGACUGUUGAGGCUGAAAAUAGUCAUUUGCUGCAGCAAAAAUUAUCUCAGGAGAAAAAUGAAGCAGAGCAGCGUUACCAGGACUUGUGCUCUGAACUUCAGGAACUCAAAGCAAGGUACAACUUGCUACAGAAAGACAAGGACCACAUUAUGCAGGAGUACAAGGAGAACAUCCAGCGACUACAAAGUAAAUUUGAUGUUGAUAGAGAUUUUAUAAAGAAGGAACAAGCUCUCUCUGCAGCUAAGACAUCUGAUGUGAUUGAGGAAUUACAGAGGAGUGUGACUCAGUUAAAGCAACAAUUGCAGGAAUCAGAACACCAAAGGCAACAACAGCUGAAGGAUCAAGAAUACAAGGUUCAGCAGGACAAACUUCACUGGGAGCGUGUGUAUGAGAAACAGAUUAAUGUCAUUCAGAACGAUCUGGAUAAAGAAAGAGGGGAUGCUCAGAAGAAAAUCCGCAAACUGGAAGAGACUUUGAAGGAGAAGGAGGAGCAGCUGAGGCGGGUGACGGAGGUACAGAGGCUGCAGGCCCAGCAGGCAGGCGCUGCCCUGGAGGAGUUUAAGCGGCAGGUGGAGCUGAACUCAGAGAAAGACUCUGCAGAAAUGAAACAGCGGAUGGCAGAGGUUGAAGCUGAUCUAAGCAGAUCAAAAUUGCUCCGGGAAAAACAAUCCCAAGAAUUCUCCUGGCAGUUGGAGGAGGUCAAGAAAAGCUAUGAACAACAGAUAGUGGAGCUGAAGCUGGAGCAUGAACAGGAGAAGACGCACCUAUUCCAGCAGCACAACGCAGUGCAGGACUGCCUGGUCCGAGACCAUCAACGGGAGAUCGAGAAACUGGAGAAGCAGCUUCGCGCUGCCAUGGCAGAGCACGAGAGCCAAAGUCAAGAAAGCAGGAAGCGAGACGGGCAGGUUAUCUGUAACCUGGAGAACCAAAUCCUCAGGCUGAGGGAAGAGCUCAUUCAGGCAAACUCUCUGAGGAACCAGCAGCUGCUGGACCUGAGCCGUCAGAGGGACGAGGAGAAGCUGAAGGCAGCUCGAGAAAAGGAGGCCACAGUGAACAAGAUGAAGAUGGAGACGGAAAAAAUGAUCUUAGACCUGAAGAAGAGACACGCGGCUGAGACAGAGAAGGUCUUGGACAAGGCCAGCAGCAGACUGAAGCAGACUGAGAAGGAGUACAGUCAGAGACUGGCUAAAUCCUCGCAGGUCAUAGCUGAACUUAAGACAACCAUUUCCUCCCUGACAGAGGAGAACAGCCGGCAGCAGCUUGUGGCGGAGCAGCGGCUCCAGGAAGUUGUACAGAAGUUGGAAGAUGAGAAGCAGCAGCUGAUGACAGAUAAUGACAGAGCAAUCAAGGCCUUGCAGGAGGAGCUGGAGAGUUACCGCAGUCAGGUGUACGCGGCCGAGAGGAACCUGCAGCGCCACGAGCUGAAGGCCCAGGAGCAGUUGAUCAAUGUACGAGAAGAAUAUGAAAAAAUCCUUAAAGGGCUGAUGCCAGCAGCCUCAAAAAAGGAACUUGAAGACACCAUUUUAUCUUUAAAAUCUCAGACAUUUACACCCUCCAAUAUAAAUUAUGGCAAGUGCUGCAGCCAUAAAAAGCCUGGCUGUGCCUUUAGAGUGAGUGAUUCACGUGGAGAGGUGUCUGCUGAAACGGUGGAAUCUCUUUGAUUGCCAAAUGGACUGCUUUGAAUAGGUUUGAGGAUUUGGCUCUUGUAAAUUGAAAUGCAAAGAUUACUGGCUCUUUUGUUAGCACAGAAAUUUUCAUGAAGUUCAUGAAAACAUACUCAUUGCUCGUGCCAGCAUGGUUUUUGUUGUAUCUUCCUUCCAUUAUUUUUCGAUCAUUAUUUUAUUACAGACUUAUGCUUUUGAUAUAAUUUGACUCCAUGCUGAGCUCACUUACUGAGCAAGUAGACUUUGCUCUACUAAUAUUUUUGUUAUUACUUCCCAAUACCAUUCUUUUCACUCCGAAACAUGAAGAAAAUCCCAUUUUCUAUUAUUACCGUCCAAGAUAUUUUAACAUAUUUUGACAUUGUUCUGUGUCCAUGUGUUUACAUAAGAUUAAAAUAUUAUUAUUUUGUUA